GGUACACUACUACACUCGUGAAUCCCAAGAACUUUCAGAUUAAAUUAAUAUAUUGUAAUGUCAAUUUUUUUUUUUUGUACUCAAACCGUUUUUAAAAAAGUUAAAUUGCAUUUAAUUAUUUGAAAUUUAAAUCUGAUAUAAAGGCACUUGUCUAUAAAUGUUUAAUUUUGUAUUUUUAAUGUAUCAGUGUUUAAAUAAUUAUUCUUAAUUGUGUCUUUUAAUUUAUAAGUAAAUAUUAGCUAUAUAAAUAUGCUCUAACAUUAAAUAUAUUAAGCUUUGUAUUUCCUAUAAAAACCUAAUAGAAAAAUGUCUGAACCAAGUAAGUUAUCUUCAAGAUCACAUGUCUCGACGAUCGAAUGGGAUAUGAUGGACAAGACAAAAUUUUUGCCAUUGAGUAUGUUAAGCUCGUUUUGUGUUCGCUGUACUCUCUAUCCAUUGACUUUAAUUAAAACAAGACUUCAAAUCCAGAAACAUGGAGAAAUGUAUAAAGGUUUGCUGGAUGCGGCUAAUCGUAUUUAUCAUACGGAAGGUAUGUCAGGACUUUAUCGCGGUUUUUGGGUGAGUUCUGCCCAAGUAUUAUCUGGUGCAGCUUACAUUGGUGCAUAUGAACAAACUAGACAUAUGACAGCUCCAUAUUUGCAACAAUGGCCUGAAAUUAGAUCAAUGGUUGCGGGAGGUGUGGCGUCUGUUUUUGGCCAAACAAUAAUUGUACCUUUUGAUGUGGUCAGUCAACACUUAAUGAUGCUCGGCUUGUCAACUAGUUGUACAGACAAAAAUAAAAUAAUAUAUUUUCGUCCACUGGGUAUACAUUUGGAUAUCUCAAAAUCAAAAUUUCGUACCACAUUAGAUAUUGCUCAAUGUGUUUAUCAACAGGAUGGUUUUAAAGGAUUCUACAGAGGUUAUGUGGCCUCUGUUUGCACUUAUGCACCAAAUAGUGCAUUAUGGUGGAGUUUUUAUACAAUAUUCCAAGAUCAACUUGAAAAAAGGUGUCAAGUAAAUACAUCACUUUUAUUUUUGCAAAGCAUAUCAGGAGUACUAGCUGGGUUCACUACUACUCUGAUAACAAAUCCCAUGGACACAAUAAGAGCACGAUUACAGGUUCAAAGAACAAAUUCUAUUGUUGGUACAUUCAACGCCUUAUGGAAAGAAGAAGGCAUGUUGAUGUUCAGUAAAGGACUUUCUGCCAGAUUGGUCCAGUCUAUUUGUUUUAGUUUUACAAUUAUUUUAGGUUACGAGAGCAUCAAAAGAGUUAGUGUACUUCACGAGUACAAAGAUCACGUGCGAUGGUAAUGUGGUAUCUAUCGGUAUCUUUUGCUGUACAUUUUUUUUUUAGAAAAUUGUAUUUUUUAAAGGAGCACAUAUCACAAAAAAAUAGGUGUUAUAAAAAUCAGGUUAUUUUGACUACAGAAAUAUUUCCAAGACAGGUUGGUAUGAUCUUCUUAGUUAUCUCAACUAUAAAUUUUUUUUAAUUUAAAACCAAAAUUAAAUAAUUAAAAUCAAAAUUCAAGGUUAUUAAUUCAGUAUUACAAGUAUACAGCAUAUUAUCAGGUUAUGCAAGCUAGUCUUGGAAAUAUUUGUGUAUUACAGUAAACCGGGAAAUACCAAAAUAAGUUUAUUUAGAUUUAAAGUUUUAUUUUAUUUCAAGAAAAUGUAUAAUAUGGGAGUCACCAUUUUAUUUUAAUUAUUCAAAUAGGUAUAGGAAACUAAAAAUAGUAAUAUGGUCACAUGGCAGCCUAUCUAAGUGUGAUUAAUACAACUUCAAACAUCACUGAAUUAUAAUUAGUUGACUAUCAUACAUUGGAUGCAUUUGUUUAUAUUUGUACUACAUUUUAUAAACGUUGAAUUAUAGUUUUAAGAUAAAAAUAAUGUGUGCAGUGUGCUCCUUUAAUAUUUUUAAACGAAUCAUUAAAUGAUACGUAUUAUAUGAUUAUUGAUUUACGUUUUGUUAUAUUGACAAUUUGACUUGUUUAUUUAUGUAUGUAUAGACAACACUUAUUUUUUAUUGUUACCUUUAGUUAUUUAAUUUAUAUGUUGUUAAAUGUGUUUCACUUCUAAAAUUAUAGACUUAUUAUAAUGCAA